AUAUAUAUAUAUAUAACGAUGAGAAUAUUAAUUAGGUAAAAGAUUAAAAGGUAAAUAAAAAUACGAACAUGGACGUAGAUACGAAUAUCGAAGAAACGGAAUUGGACGUUGGAUCGGCGAGCGACGAAUUGGAAACGUCGAUCGCCGAAUCAAAAAUCGCACGACGACCAACGCCAAAACCGUUCACCAUAGAGAGCCUAAUAGGAAGUUGCGCGGGUGCAAGGGGUAAUUGUGCGAGUGACAUUGGUAUAUCGAAAAAUGAUAAAAUUCAUUUUAACGAUGAGGACAGUGAAAGGGAAAGGGAAUAUCUUUAUCAACGGCAUUAUCUUGCGACGGCUGCUGCUGCUACUGCAUUGCCAUCAGGUUUCGGUGUACCGUUGAGUUUAUACGGGGCUUGGCUACCCAUGCGAAUGUAUGGCGGUGGCGGCGGCACUGCUUCCGGUGUCCCAAUGUUACCACCACAUUCCUCAGUUAGUUAUCCGUCUCAUCAGGAUUUGCAUCAAAAUCGAUUAACUCAACAUUUGGGUGUCGGUUCUAACAAUCAUCUUCAGGGUGCUGCUUAUCCAAAUACAUUUCAUCGAUCUAUCAAUCAACGUGGAUCGACCAGUUUCACGGACAGCGACGAUGAUGGUAGCAUAGAUUCACCACCAUCUCCUGUUCAUGAUCUCUCCAAAUCUAGAUUAGGAUCAGAAAAUGGUCGAGUAUCGGCAGAGAGCGAGGACGAAGGUGGUGGAACGAGUAAUGGUAUUGGUGAAGGAUUGGAUUCGGCUACCGUCGGAUCCGUAAACGGUAACAGAAACAACGGUUCGCCUAAUAAUGGCCAAGGUAACGAAAGUGGACGCGGACAUUCGUCGUCAAAUUCGUCGGGUAACAAAGCUCGUCGUAGAAGAACUGCAUUCACGUCGGAACAAUUGUUGGAAUUGGAAAGAGAAUUUCAUGCUAAAAAAUAUUUAAGUUUAACCGAGAGAUCCCAUAUAGCGCACGCGUUGAAAUUGUCCGAGGUACAAGUUAAAAUAUGGUUUCAAAAUCGUCGAGCAAAAUGGAAGAGAGUUAAGGCUGGAUUAAAUGGAAACGGUGGUAUCGGUUCUAAUGCAUCGUCAAUGUCAACGGUUGGUGGUGUUGGUGGUACUCGUCAUGGUGGUAAUACCGGACAGCAUACCGGAAACGGUACGAGAAUAGUCGUACCAAUACCGGUUCAUGUUAGUAGAUUAGCCGUAAGAUCGCAUCAUCAUCAUUUGGAAAAAUGUGCCAGACCUGGACGUGUUAGAACAACGACAACGAGUUCCACUGCUACGACAAACGCAACAUCUAAUUUAGGUCCUACGAUUGCAACGGUCAACGACGUUGAUGCAACUUCUCCUUCCCCCGUCUCCUCCUCAACCGCCACCCCCUCCUCCUCCUCCUCGUCAAUUCUCGUAACCGACACCGCCAUGGGUUUGGUGAACUCCUCGAUGAAUGUAUCAAGUCAAUUGCAAAGUUCACCUUUACCUGUAGGCGUUGGGAUUGGCGUGGGAGUCGGAUUAAGAGCCUUCACCGUACCACCUCAUCGGGAUGGACUCAAUUCGGCCGGAAGGUAGUCAACGCUCGAAAUUCGCGAUAUUAUUUCUUUUAUUUUAUUUUAUUUUAUCAUCAAUAAUUAUUCUGUCCAUACAUUCCUUUUAGUUGAGAUUCGUUAACGUAAUAUUUAACCCUGGA